CCUUAGCAAUAAAGCUUCAGCCUCCUGGGUUUCAUUAUUGUGGACUUUAUGCCAUUCAACAACUCAGGGGGCCCUUCUGUUUCGUUUUUGAGGGGACUUCCACACCCUUCUGAUCCACACACCAGCACUUGCGACGUUGCUUAGGUUGAGAUGACAUACACUGCUCAAACAGAGCAAACAGAAAUAUAGUUUUUCAGCUGGGAAUACAACCACACAUCUGUAGGAAAGGCUUUUUAUUAUUCCUCUUGUUUUGCAAACUCACCUGCUUCUUUCUGAAGAAACCACGCUUGUCACAGUUGGGUGGCACAUCCUCUGGACGGGGUGGUCAGUUGCACUGGGGACGACAGAGCCGGCUGGAGGAGUAGCAGCAACAGGAUGUUUAAACACAGAAGCAUAUCACACUGGAAGUUGUCCACCAAUAAGUUCACAGGUUAAGGACACACUGUGUGUAUGCUGUGAUGUGAUUGGUUGAGAGGGCGGGACUUCCGACGGCGCAGGUUGGACAUAAAGUGACAGACUUCACCUCCUUAAAAUUGGAAGAAAACCCGAAGGACGACGCAUUACAAGUUAUAAAACAUUUGUAAUGAUUUUCAGACAUGGACGACAUAAACCUUCAUUAUCGCUUUCUGAACUGGAGGAGGCGAAUUCGAGAAAUUCGUGAUGUGCGAGCGGUGCGUUACCGGGAGCGACUCAAAAGGAUGCUGAGAGACGGAGACAUACUCAGGUAUCAUGGGAAUUCAGAUGAAGUUGGCUGUUUUGUGGCGGCCAGGCCAUUGUCCAGAAGAAAUCGCUAUUUUGAAGUGACCAUCGUCGACACAGGAGUGAGGGGAAUGAUCGCGGUGGGCUUGGUGCCUCAGCUCUACAAGCUGGACCAUCAGCCGGGCUGGCUCCCCCACUCUGUGGCCUUUCAUGCUGAUGACGGCAAAUUGUACAAUGGCAACACUGUAGGACAGCAGUUUGGUCCAAAAUGCUGCAGAGGAGACAGAAUCGGCUGUGGCGUAUCUCUGGACUCUGAUGAUGGACAGCUCACUGUGUUUUUUACAAAGAAUGGCAAAGAGGUCGGCAGUGUGGAGAUCCCAGCCUCUCCUGAGGCUUUUUACCCCGCUGUGGGGAUGCACUCUUUGGGGGAAGAAGUUCUGCUGGACCUGAACGCUGAGUGGGGGGUGGAGGAGGAUGAUGGGCAGAUGAUUGUGGAUAGUCAUGAAGAGGACUGGAGCCGUCUCCAUGACGUCAAGGUGACCGGCACGCUGCUGGAGUACAUGGGUAAGGGGAAGAGCAUCGUGGACGUGGGCUUGGCUCAGGCCCGGCGGCCCCUCAACACGCGCUUCCACUACUACGAGCUGGAGAUCACAGACCCUGGAGAGAAGUGCUACAUUGCCCUGGGACUGGCACGCAGGGACUACCCCAAAAACAGACAUCCAGGCUGGAGCAGAGGGUCUAUAGCCUAUCAUGCAGAUGAUGGAAAGUUGUUCCAGGGCAGCGGGGUCGGGGGCGCGUUUGGCCCGCGCUGCUUUGAAGGGGAUAUCAUGGGCUGUGGGAUCAUGUUUCCACGUGACUACAGCCUGGACGCUGGAGAUGACGUAGAUGAUUGGGACUUUGACGUUAUUCCCAAACCCAGUGAAGUUCAGAAUGAUCUGUAUGCAAACAAUGAAGAAGAGGAGGAGGAGGAGGAGGAGGGAGAAGAUUUGGAGGGGAGGAAGGUCACGGUGUUCUUCACCAGAAAUGGAAAGGUGGUGGGCCGGAGGGAUGUGGCCUUACCUGUGGGAGGCUUGUACCCCACCAUAGGCAUGAUGAGCACUGGGGAGAAGGUCAAAGUGGACCUGCACCCCCUCAGUGGCUGAGUAGAGAGGAGAAAAAACUGCGGAGAAAUCAGAGCAUGGACGAAUAAUUGAGCUCUGGUACAUUUUUGGAGAUCAGAUACUAAAUAAUACCUCAACAUCAAAAUGCUCCAAGAUGUGACUUGAAGAGUCCAGUGUAGAAGUGACUGUGGCUCAUGCUGUAAGAAUGAUCAACAUAAUGUAUGUUAAUUUUACAUGCGUGCCUUUUAUAAUUCAUGUUUUUCAGAAAAUCCAGUGGUUUGCAUAGGGAAAACGUUUCUCAUCACUAUGAAUAAAGUUCAUAGAAUGCCAAAGAAAGGGUCACACCAGAAUGAAUGUUAAAAUCCAAUCAGAGCAAAUGCCAGCCAACAAGUGAACCCUCUUAUCAGCAAUAGAUAUGUGACAGCAGGCUGAGACACACUGCUCAUCACCGGAGGUCUGCUGUACCUCCUAUCAACGGUGUGUUACUGACACUCAGUGGUGGGAGGGAGACAUGCUCACAUAGUCUUCCAAACGAAAGAAGUAGUGCACUGAAUGAACAGUGCCUUUACUUAAAUCUGCUGCUUUACACGUGUGAGUUCAUAUUCUGACAUGGACUCAUUACGCCAUGUUUAGUGCAAACCUGCAAUAGGAAUAAUGGGAUGAUUACAUUUCCAAACAUGUUGCUGAAGCUAAAUCCAAAACAGUUGAAUUGUCCUGUUGGGGGAAGCAGUUUGAAAAGCUGAAUUCUAAAUUAGGAUUGUUUUAAUAUCAUGACUUGCUUUUGUCCUCUUUUAAUAUAUGAUGUUAACCAGGAUGUAAUGUAAUCCAAAUCCUAUGCUGGACAUAAUCACUCCAAAGUCUUUAGGAGAAACAUGCGUGUCUAAAAGAUGCAAAAAAUAAACCAAAAUUCAUUUUUUUCCCAUUUAUCUCGCGGUUUACCUUAAACUCCCGACAAACCAAGAGUAAAACUGAUCUCUAUAUCUAAGUUAACAUAGUAAUGAUGGAUACAAUGGAACCUCAUCGUUAGGGUUUAAGGGGAAACUAAGUUGUCUCAGACUAUUAAACUCUCUCACGACUAAACAUGGUAUUUCAAGAGAUUUGAAUGUUGUAAAUGAAGCCAUACUGUAAUAUGUGCUGCUCUCAGGUAUAUUUGAAAAUCCAAAUUCACAUACCUUGUCUUUCCUGGUUAUUUUUGUGAUGUUGCUGUAUGUUCAAGUCAACCAUUGAUUGUCACAAGCCUGUAUUUCUUUUAACAACUGUGCCUAUUUUCCUUAUAAAUCUUAUCUUUUUGACAUUGAAGACUGUUAAAGGAGAAUUUGUGAUCCCCUCCCCAACUCCAAGUAAAUGCUAAAUGUUCCUAUUGUUUUAUUUUUGCGACAACAUUUUGCACACCUACUUUGAUUUCUGUGAUGCAAUUGGAAGUUAUUCAUGCAAAUAUAACAGGCUGUUAAAACUAGCUGUAUAUCAUGGUUAUAAUAAACACAUGUAGUACUUCUUUAGGCCUAAAAGCCUGACUGCUGUUAAAGGCUUGACCUAAUGAGCAAAGUGCCUUGUUUAAUAUUCCAUACGAGUGCUGGAAAUGUCACAUUAUCGGAUGCAUGUUGCAUAAAUAAGGAAAGAUUGCAUCCAUGAAGUAUCUUCCUGGUCAGCAAGACAAUUUAAAGGCUGUUGCUCAUGUGAUGCUCAACUGCUGCUAAGUGUGUGCCGAGGGAACGGUCUGCACAUCAUUAUGUCAGCCGUACUGUAGAGGGGUGUUCUGUGUUUGUUAUUCACUUUUUAUUGUCAUCGUCCACAUUUGUGUUAGUGGUCAUCUUAUCAUGGGAGCUAAUGAUGGGCGUCUGCUGCUGUUGGACGCAUCAACUCACGUUUAAUGUUUAGCCCCACUUUAUAUUUUAUUUAAUGAAUCAUGAAUGAAGUUUAUUAUCACUCUUUCUCAGUCCAGCCCUUGUGUAAAUCCUGUAAUGUUUUUUCAUUUCUUCUUGACUUUUAUGGUCCUCCUUGUCUCUUUUCCCUUAAAGCAGUGCUUCUCAAAGUGUGGUCCGCGGACCACUGGUGGUCCGUGAGUGCCCCCUAGUGGUCCGUGAGUAUAUUGGUAAAAUUUCACAUUUGAAAGAAAUACAUUUAUUUAAGUUUUUCGCACUCUCGCGGGAAUAUCUCCGCAAUGGAACGAGCUUAAGUUUCACUUUCGAUUGCAUGAUAUAGCCCAGAUAAACACCUUCAUCGCACAUGUUGCCACUUGUUUGUACCAUUUUCAGGCGAUUUGUAAAAAACGAUGUGUUUUGGGAUAUUUGUGGAGUUAGGUGGUCCGCGAGUGUUUUUUUAUUGGUUGGGUGGUCCUUGGUAUGAAAACGUUUGAGAAACACUGCCUUAAAGCAAUCGGGUAAACUGCCAAAAAUCAUUUAAAAUAAAACAAUAUUCACACCCUG